AUGGGUCGUUCCCGUGGAAAUUUCCGUGCUGAAGAAGAUCCCAGUCAAAGAUCAAGGAGAAAAAAGAAUGCAUCAAGUGGUGAAAAUAUAGAGUCUGUUACUGUAGGUCAAGGUACCAGUGAUGGGAAAAGGGCUCUGUACCAUUGCAACUAUUGUAACAAAGACAUCACAGGGAGAAUUCGUAUCAAGUGCGCUGUAUGUUCUGAUUUUGACUUAUGCAUAGAAUGUUUCUCAGUUGGAGCCGAGGUUCAUCCUCACAAAAGCAAUCACCCGUACAGGGUUAUGGACAUCUUAUCAUUUCCUCUCAUCUGUCCGGAUUGGAAUGCUGAUGAAGAAAUGUUACUUUUGGAGGGAAUUGAGAUGUAUGGCAUGGGUAACUGGGCUGAAGUUGCUGAGCAUGUUGGGACAAAGAUAAAGGAAUUGUGCAUUGAACAUUAUAGGAAUGCUUACCUAAACUCUCCUUACUUCCCUCUACCGGAUAUGACACAUGUUGUUGGCAAAAACAGAAAAGAACUGCUUGCUAUGGCUAAAGGGCACCUUGAGGAUAAAAAGGGUGAACUUCCAGUGAAGGAGGAAUCCCCAUUUUCCCCCUCAAGAGUCAAAAUUGAAGAUUCCUACAAAAAUGGUCCUUCAGGUCGUUUGCCUUCUGCUUCAAAUACAGGAACUACGGACAGUAAAAAGGCAUCCAACAUGGUCCAGGUCAAGGAACAGCCUGAUUCUCUAAAACUGGAUGAUCAUCUAUCAGGCCGGAGUUUUGGCAGUAAGAAACCUAAAUCUGCUGAGGACGAGGGUCCUUCUUUGUUGGAGUUAAGUGGUUAUAACCCGAAAAGACAAGAAUUUGAAACUGAAUAUGAUAAUGAUGCUGAGCAGUUGCUGGCUGAUAUGGAAUUUAAGGAAACUGAUACCCAAGAAGAGCGUGAGUUGAAAUCACGUGUGCUCCGUAUAUAUUCAAAGAGACUCGAUGAGAGGAAACGCAGGAAAGAUUUCAUUCUCGAAAGGAAUUUGCUCUAUCCUAAACAUAGGAUUCUAAAGAGAAUCCUUGAACUCAAGGAAGCACGAGCAGCUGGAUGUCGUUCAUCUGGUGAAGCUGAUAGAUAUCUUGAACAGAAAAGGAGAAGGGAAGCUGAAGACAGUGGUCACAGAAAGGAAAGUUCUCAGGCUGGUCCAAGCAGUCAGGAGAGUCUCAAUGUGCCAGUUUCAUCGGAUUCACUUAAUACAUACUCAAAUACGACAUCUGCAGGCCACGUUAAUUCGUCGUCGCUCACUGAUUUGGAUUUUGUCCCAUUAUCUGGGGCAGAUUUACUUUCUGAAUCUGAGAAACAACUGUGCCGUGAGAUCAGGUUACCGGCCCCUCAUUAUCUCAGAAUGCUGGAGUUCAUGACAAUACAAAUGAUGAGCGGCAAUAUUAAUCAGAAAUCCGAUGCCUAUUCCUUCUUCCAAAUUGAGCCUACAAAAAUAGAUAGAGUUUAUGAUAUGCUUUUAAAGAAGGGAAUGGUUCAACAGUAA